AUGUAUUUUGAUGUGAAUGUUGAUGGAAGAUAUCCAAUUGAUGAGGCAAAUGCCUUACUAGAGAAUGAGUGUGAUGGAAUGUGUUUUAAUAACACAGUUGAUGCGAGAGAUGUGAUGCAGAUGAAGCAGCAUGAUUUAUUGGUGUUAGAAGGCAAGCAAGUGUUCAGAAGAGUUGAAAUAAGGUACUCUAGAGUUGAUGAGCUACCUAGUAUGGAAGUGGUGGAAGCGAUCCGUAGGACAAUGAAGUGCAUAGUUGCGGUGUUAAUGAAUGAAUCGAGAGAUUUUGAAGCGAUUAUGCGAAUUGAACCUGACAUUAUUGCAUUUGACUUUUCUAAGAGGAUCUGUUUUCCAGACAAGAUGGUUGAGGAAGCAGCGAAGAAGAAUAUUUUUUUUGAACUGCGGAUUGCGGAAGGGCUGUAUAUGAAGAAAGAAAAGACAAUAUGGAUGAGGAAUAUUAGGAAGCUUCUUGCGAUUACAAAAGGUGUUAAUGUUAUAGUUUCUAGUGGAGCAGCAUGCAAUACGGAGGUAAAGAGACCGUUUGAGUUUGUGAGUGUGUUGCAAGGGGUUGGUGUAGAUGAGAGUUGUGCAAGACGGGUGUUGAUGAACUCGGCAAGAAUGUUGAGGUCGUGUAAGUACCUGAUAUGUGGUGAAACAAGGAUGAGAUGA